AUGCCACCUGCCAGUGCCCAUCAGUGCCACAUUUCAGUGCCCCCAUCAGUGCCAGUCAGUGCCACCUAUCAAUGACAGUCAGUGCCACCUAUCAGUGUUGCCAAUCAGUGCCACCUAUCAGUGCCAGUCAGUGCCGCCUAUAAGUGUGCGUCAGUGCCGCCUAUCAGUGCUACCUAUCAGUGCUGCCUAUCAGUGCCAUAUAUGAGUGCUGCCUUUCAGUGCCCAUCAGUGAUGCCUGUCAAUGCCCAUCAGUGCCACCUACCAGUGCCUCCUCAUCAGUGCCACCUAUCAGUGUCCAUCAGUGCAGAUUAUCAGUGCCCAUCAGUGCAGCCUCAU